CCGCUUGCUUCUAUAAGAGAACAAGUUUCUGUCCCACUUUCUCUUAAGUUUCGAUCUUUUCAACUCUAAGAAGUUUGCUUGCAGGAACAAGAUUAAAGAUUCAAUUUUCCAUCUGUUUCCUUUCAAAGACCCAUUUUUAUCUCCAAAUCUCCUUCUUCAAUCCCAAAUCAAGUUCCUAAAUUUUUUAAUCUUUAUUGUUUAGGGUUGAGAUUUCUGAUAUAAAAUGAAGACAGAGCAUGUGAUAUUGAUGCUAUGCACAGUUGUGAUAGCAAUCCCAUUGGUUCAAAGCGUUUCUGAAGGGCCAAAAGCAGUGCAAAAUUGGUUUAAAGAGCUCCCACUCAAAAAACAAAAAUCUACAAAUCUACAUUUUUAUUUUCAUGACACCAUCGCCGGACCAGGUCAAACUGCUUAUCAAGUAUUCGACUCAAACAUCACCUCAACAAGCAUGAGUCAAUUUGGUCUUGGCUUCAUGUUUGACAACCCUCUAACCGUUGCUCCAGAAGCAAGCUCCAUGAGGAUCGGUAGGGGCCAAGGGCUAUUUGGAUCAGCAUCCUUGGAAGUACCACGGUUUCUUAUGAACUUGAACUUUGUCUUUACAGAAGGGACUUUCAAUGGUAGCACCUUACAAGUUCUUGGAACUAACCCUAUCUUGAGUCCGGUUCGUGAAAUGUCUGUUGUUGGUGGAACUGGCGUUUUCCGAUUAGCACGUGGGAUUGCCACUGCUCAGCCGUAUUUCCGUAAUGAUACGUCGACUAUUCUUGAAUUUGAUCUUGUCGUGCUUCAUUAUUAAGCUCGUUGAUGUUAAAGUAUAAGCUAAAUCUGUCAGUUACUACAUGGAGUCUGAAUCGUUUUGUUGUUUUGGAUUAAUAAUUAACUGCCAUGACUGUUACAUGGUGGUUAUAUAUAUCUUUAGUAUAAAUAUGGAAUAAAUAACCAUGUAUGCUUGUUGCAAUUAAUAAAUUUUUUUAUUAUAAA